AUGCUCGUUCCUGUCUGUUGUGAUCGACUGCCGGUACGACUUGAAGUGGCUGUGAUUGCCGCCACGGGACUUCCUGUAAUGAAUAAGUCAAUAAAUUGCACGGAUGCCUUUGUAGAAGUUCGAUUUGCCGAUGAGAUUCACAAGACGGACGUUGUUACUAGUCUCAAUCCUCAAUGGGACAGCGAUCUCUUCCUAUUCGAUACGGAUGAAAAGCAACUGUCGGAGUGUGGAGUUCAGUUUAGAGUGAUGGAUCAUGACACUUAUUCGGCCAAUGAUGCUAUUGGGCGAAUAAACAUGGACGUAAAUAUCAUCGCGGAAAAGAUGCGAAUGCAGGAGUUGGAAAGGAUAGACGAGACUCACACCCUUCCCAUAUACGACACCCUUAACGGUAACCGUGGUGAACUUAUCUUUCGGGUCAAGUUACAUCUGCUGGUUGAUAUGGAUUGGAAGAACUACGUACAAAUUUUAUCCGUGCAUCACCUCAAGUGCGAGAAAGACCCAGACUAUGAAUGGCUCGACAGGAUUCGAACACCCAGAGCAACAAACGAGGCCCGUCAGUCAGCUAUGCGUGAUGCGUUGAAGAAUGCAGCAGUGAGCUUAGCUCACAAGGUUCACAAGUACCAGUGCAGUCUCAUUUGUGGGUAUCGAGAGUACUUGGACACUGAGGGUUCUUCUACAGAUCUGUUCACUGUGCGCGUUUUGGGCACUGCACUUCGGAUUGAAAAAGGAAAAAAUGCAGACACAUGGAGUGAACGUGUAGAUUUUCCUAUACUUACCAUCAGCGAGGUACCUCAAAAUAGGCAGUGUGGGACCGGAGCUAUUGUUGCGGUUCGUGCUGUCCAUAUAUUAGAGGAUGACGACGACGAUCCAGAGCUUACCAGGAAAAGCUGGUGGAAUGACCUUCGUGCGGAGUGUCACCAACAGGCAGUAGCUGUUGGCUGUAAUCUUAUAAUAGGAUAUUCCGAGCAGUUCACUGUUUUGCCGUUUAUUGACCACGAUCUAUACAGUAGCUUGAUAUGUGAGGCCAAAUCUCUAAAUCCAAAUGCGAACGUGAUUUUCGACGUACAUUGCACAUAUUCCAUGUCUGAUUCUAUUCUUGUGUGUGUUGUGACGGGUGUUCUGGUACGUCUCAUAUGUCUGUCGCGCGAUGUUUCCCUUUCUCCUUCAUUAUCGAAAGUUCAUUCAUUGACCAAUCUUCAACAAGCAAAUGAUGCUAAACGCUUUUCUUGGGGAACUGUGAGGGAGGCUAUGCGUUUCAAGCCAUCUGCCUCCUCGAGUAUCACCCUCAAGAUACUAAAUCUUAAACCACCUCGCUUAGACUUUGGUGAAGACAUUGCAUCAAGAAGUCGCCUGCACUUGAACACAUUUGUGGGUAAAAUUCGUCGGCGUCAGCACGAGAAGCAGUACGUCAGUCACGUUGUAUUCGACCGUCACCUGAGUACGUCUAUUGGUCUUCUUGAUCCAGCUACAGCUUGCAACAGCACUGCGAUUGCUGGAAUGCACCUCUCGCCGAACUUGAGAAACUCACUGCUUAUUAAGGAAGGUAAUCAACAAACACGAAUCCUGACAAGGUGGAGUGACGUUUUCAUAAGAGAGGACUUGACGAAUACUGUGAAAGACUCGCAAUCAGUUGAUAGUUUUGUAACGAAUGUUCUGGAUGAACGAAUUUCAAUGGCACGAUGUGUGGCUGCAAUGGGUAGUCUCGCCCAAGAGAAUAGUAAUGGUCGCAGUUUUGGCUCAGCGCUUUCAAACUUUCGAAUUGCCACUCCUCAGUUCAGUGUUUCUAAGGAACACGCGCACAUGAUCGUACUAAUGAGUUGUGAUGUAAAUUCCUAUGAAUUGUUCGCCUAA